AUGCUUCUUUUACUCUAUAGUAUUACUGUUAAAAUUACAUUAAUUAUUCUUUAUUUUGUCAAGAACUGGACUGCACCAGUAAAAGACUUUAAAAAAGAUUGUGAAAUCAAAGUCGAUAUAAAGAUAAAACAGAUAAACCAAUUUUCAACCAGAGAUAGAGCAAUAUACAAUAACAAUCAUCAAGAGAAACAUCAUCGAAAUAUGGAUGAUGAUAAAAAAAAGUUGAAUACAGAUGUUGAAAUUUUCUCUGAAGAAACUACAUAUAUAGAUGAAAGCCUCUUUCAAAAAAAUAAAGAGAAAGCAAUAACCAAGCAUUCUUUUAAAAAUGCCUCUCAAGGAAAUGAUGAGAAAAAAACUAUUCAUGAUGAUAUU